AUGACCACCACUCCUGGAUGUCCCAAGGAUGGCUCCAUCAGUCACUUGUGUGCUGCCAGUGAUGGCGAUGGUUGCGCCGCUUAUGCUCCUGACGGUCUCACUCCUCUAACCGGAAAGGGAAGCUCUACUGAUUGUUUGAGUACCACCUUUGAUGGAAAGUGCGAACCCGAAACUCAAGGAAGUCCAACCCGUAUUGAAAUGUGUCAAACUGCCGAGCCUGGACAAAAAACCGUCUACUGGGCUCUCAAGGACUCUGAUGUUCAAGACAUCGGAUACUAUGACUACUCUGCAAGCGCUAACUACACCUAUGCCGCUGAUUAUGGUACCGAUUGUUACUCUCCCAAGAUUUCCUGCUUUGGAAACUCUACCUUGUCCUGUGCUGACCCAAAGAACGACAUGCUCUUGUCUUCUCGUGUCUGGUCUUAUGAGAUCCCUGCCAAUGAUGGUACCUCAUGUGACUUGUGCGACAAUGGUGGAACUGUACCGACAAUGGUGGAACUGUACCAGCUGUGGAACCACCUAGUUCUUCUGAACCAGCCGCUUCUCCAACCAGUCCUACUGAACCUGUCGCAACUACCAACCCCGAGUUGUUUUCCUCGUUGA